AUGCUCGGCGUGGCUCGCGACGCUCCACUGGAGGAGAUCAAGCGGGCCUAUCGACGAAAGGCCCUCGAAUUGCACCCCGACAAGAACCCGGGGGACGCAGCUGCUGCAACCGUGCGAUUCCAGCAGCUGCAGGCGGCGUACGAGACGCUCUGCCGCCAGAAGGAGGCCGGCGGGGAGCCACAGGAAAGGCAGGAAAAGAAGGAGGGGGAGUGGAAACGAGAAGAGCAGCAGGAAAAGGCGUGGAAGGAAGAGGAUGGAAGGCAGCGGCAGCGUAAAGAGGAAGACCGGUGGUGGGAAAAGGACGAUAAACGGAAGAAGAAAAAGAAAAGGCAGAGAAAGAAGCAGAGCAGCGAAGCAUCGGAGGAGGAGGAGGAGGAGGAGGAGGAGGAGGAGGAGGAAGAGAAUGAGGAGAAAGAAAAGGAAGAAGAGGAGGAGCAGGCGGAAGAAAGGGCGAAGUACUGGGAGGAUGAAGUGAGGGGGAAGGACUGGGAAAAGAAGAAAAAGAAUGAGAGAAGGCACCGAAAAGAUAAGAAUCAGAUGAACGAAAAUACAUGGGAGAGAAAAUGGAGCAAGAAAACAGCAGAAGAGGAGGAGGAAGAAGGGGAGGAGGAGGAGGAGGAGGAGGAGGAGGAAAAGGUGGGGAAGGAAGAAGAAAGGCAAAUGGACUGGGAGGAAAGAAAGAAACAGGAGACGGGGCCCCGCAAAGACAAGGAGGAAAUAAAGAAAGAGAGAGCAUGGGAGAGGAAGAGGAAGAAUAAAAGAACAUCAGAGAAGGAAGAGCAGGAGGAGGAGGAGAAGGAGGAGGAGAAGAACUGGAAAGCGGAGAAACCAGUGGGUAAGCAGAAUGCAAGGGAGAGAAGGAAGAAGCGAAGAGAGGAAGAGAGAAAGAGACAACAAGAGGAAGAGGAAAGACAAGAAGAGAUAAAAUCAGAAAUAAUCAAAUCAGAGAAGAUUUUGGAGUUGUCUCAGUGUUCAGCAAAAUGGACGCGGCUCAGUAAAACAGCUAGAAGUCAGUCACCAGAGAGAGAGCGUCGAAGCAUCACUUCACCUCUGUCAUAUCAGUGUCUCAGUUCUCAAGUGUGUACUGUGUAA